AUGUUAAAAUCAGUUGACAGUAACAAUCUUAGUUUUGUAAACGAUUUGAAUCCUGGGAAAGAUAUGUGGAACAUGAAAGCGAGAAUUAUUCGAAAAUGGAAUCAGGGUUACAAGAUGGAUCUCAUCUUCAUUGAUGAAAAGGGUGCUAAGAUUCAAGCAGGUACUAAGAGUCAUCUGAUACCUAUUUUUGAUGGACAGCUUCAAGAAGAUGCUGUUGUGAUUCUGUCGAAAUUUGGUGUUGGUGAGAAUAAAGAUUUAUAUAAAGUAGUAGUGCAGCCUUAUAAAAUCAACUUUUAUAGAUGCACAACUGUUACUCCUGUGAGAGAAUGGCAAGGUGUUGAAUAUGGUUUCAACUUCAGAGCUUAUGAAGCUAUUCUUCAAGGAGAGGCGUUAAACGCUUUGAGUGUUGAUGUUGUUGGAUCUGUGGUUUGUUGUGGAGAUCUUGAAAUCUCUGAUCGACCUCCAAAGGAGACUAAGAAGAUCAAUUUCGAUAUUAAAGACUUGGAAAUGUUGAUUAAGGACUUCAUUUCUAAAAUCCCACCUCAUGAGCAUGUGAUGGCUGUUAUACAGCAUGGAAAGUGUAAGGAAUGGAAAGGUGAAUAUACUGUUCAAAGAGAUAAGUUUGCAACACAGAUUUUUCUGAAUGAAGAAAUUGAUGAAGUUAAUGAGCUAAGGAGGAGGCUUAUACUGAAGUUUGGACAAGGGAGUGGUUCUACUUCUCAAACAGUACUAUCGUCUCAGAGUGUUUUUCCAUUGCAUAAAGAAUUUGUAACUGAUGGUGUGAAGAAACAUGUUGAUGAGAUUAGUGAGAUAGAAAAGGUGAACAAUGAAAGAACAUGA